GGUGUAUAUUGUUAUGAGUAUGGCGGCGGAUACUAACGGACGACGGCAAGUUGUUAGAAAUGUUCAGUUCAAUUGAAGAAAGCUUUAAUUUCAAAACUUUUUUUUUUGUGGUCGAUAGUGUUUCGAGUGACAUUUCUAACAUCGACGCAACACAGUUUUAAUUUUCUUUCUUGGGACUCUUCAGAAGAUUACUGGACAGGUGAUGCUGCAGUCAAACCUGUCUCCGUUUCCCGAGUCUGCUCUGUCAGUCACCGAACUACCUAGUCUUUCCUAUCUAACUCUUUCCGACUCGGCUAACGUGAACUUUUGCAAUGAGACCAGUUUGUCUACUUGUUUUUUUGAGUUACUUGUCAAAAAUAACACAAGUUUACCUGAGGUAACACCAUCACACCCGUUCCAGAGCUAGUUGAUCACGACUUUUCACCCGAAGAGGCCCGACUCCUAAUCCAGCUAAAUGACAAGUUCUCAGCGCGUUAGCUUAACUAGCCAUAUAGCUAAUUACUCUUUAUAACAGUGUUAUUGCUCAAAGCCUGUCCAGCUCUACUUACCUCUACAAUAGUCGUUUUAAAGCGUGUGUCUUUGAACCUGUUUGGAACAUUAUGCUUCACGAUUAGAAGGAUUUGUUGCUGGGACCCUGAAAGUAAAUAUUAGCCUGCUAGCCUUCCUAAAUCGGGAGUGGCUAGAAGUUGCAUUAGCUAGUUAAACAUUUAGCUAGCAAACAACCUCAGAUACUCACUCUUUAGCACCCGUCCAUAGUGAGUAUGAUAAACAACUUAAUGUUAACUCAGCCUCUAUGGGGGGAAAAAAACACUUAUUGAUGACAUAUUAAACCACGGUCAAAUUGUCAGCGGGUGUGUUUCAAUGGCCAGCCGUAUCAUCAGCAGGCACAGGGAUAGGAAACCGUGCAAUGGUCAGAUUGUGUAAUAUAGCUAUCUGGAUUUAUCCGAUGGGCUAAAGAUUAGCUGCCUGCCGCUAACUUGCGCGGCAUAAUAACGCUUCUCUCGCUAUACAUUUUGAUGGACGUGGGAAAAUAUUUUCUAGAUUGCUACUGUUGCUAUCGUCAAAUGGUUUUGGCUGUACUGUAUUGUGGCCUGUACGUAAUCGUAUUUAGUCAUUCACUGGACGUAAUGUAGCUCUGUAGAAAGAUACCAUAAAUACAUAUUUAUUUUGUAUUUUUUUUACAUGAAUACAGGAGGUUUUACGUGUCUCUUUGAAUCAAAAGAAGAAAACACGUCCAUAUGAAUGGCUAGCUAGCAGUGCCUAACUUAAAAUAGAAGAGCCAGACAGCGAAUAGCCAGGUUACAUGGUUUAUUAACACAACAGCCGAGGAUUUAAGACUGAAGUUAGUCAUUCUGGAUCAAGAAACCUUGUCUUUCGUCGCUGAUUGGAGUAACACUCCCAAGCCAUCAUCAAUGCCUUCAGCGCUGGCCUUCUUCUCCUGCCGCCCGAAUUCACACCCUUUUCAGGAACGUCAUGUCUACCUGGACGAGCCAGUCAAGAUCGGGCGCUCUGUGGCACGAUGCCGACCGGCUCAGAACAACGCCACGUUCGACUGCAAGGUUCUGUCACGGAACCAUGCCCUGGUCUGGUUUGAUCACAAGACGGGCAAGUUCUACCUGCAGGACACUAAGAGUAGUAACGGGACGUUCAUCAACAGCCAGCGUCUGAGUCGCGGGUCCGAGGAGAGUCCUCCCUGUGAGGUCCUCUCUGGUGACUUCAUCCAGUUCGGUGUGGACGUCACAGAGAACACCCGUAAAGUCACCCAUGGCUGCGUAGUGUCUACAAUCAAGCUGUUUCUACCGGACGGCAUUGAGGCUCGACGACGGUCAGAUGUCAUCCAAGCACCUUUACCACUUCCUGUUGAUAAGGUUGCGGCCAACACCCCCAUUAUGUACUCUCAGGAACUCUUCCAGCUCUCCCAGUAUCUGCAGGAGGCCCUACACAGGGAGCAGAUGUUGGAACAGAAGUUGGCAACGUUGCAGUGCCUACUGGCCACCACACAGGAGGCUUCAGAGAGCAGCUGGCAGGCUCUGAUAGAUGAGGACCGGCUUCUCUCCAGACUAGAGGUGAUGGGCAACCAGCUGCAGUCCUACUCUAAAAACCAAACAGAGAAUGGUAUGCGUAACGAGCUGGUAACUCUGCAGGAAGACAAGUACAACUAUGAGAUUACUGCCAAAGAGUCCCUGAGGAGGGUCCUGCAGGAGAAGAUAGAGGUGGCCAGGAAGCUGUCAGAGGUUGAGCGAAGCCUCAGUAACACGGAGGAUGAGUGUUCCCACCUGAAGGAGAUGAAUGAGAGGAACCAUGAAGAGCUCAGAGAACUGGCUAAUAAAUACAACGGCGCUGUCAACGAGAUCAAGGACCUCACUGACAAGAUAAAGCUGGCAGAGGGUCGUCAGGAGGAGUUGACUCAGAGGGGUCAGAUGGAGAAGAAGGAACUUCAGCUUUGUAUUGAUGAGAUGGAGGAGAAGGAACAGGCUCUACAGGCCCGCUUUGAGGCCUUACAGGCUGAUAACGACUUCUCUAACGAACGCCUCACUGCCCUGCAAGUUGGUUUAGAACAGCUGCAGGAGAAAAGCAUCAAGGACAACAACAGUUUAGCUGUGAAGCAGUUGAAAGAAGCAGUGGGUUCGUCGUUGCACAGGCUGGCUAACUUUGAUGAGGUGAUAGAUGCCCACCUGCAGAACAGCCAGACAGCAGCAGGAGACCGCCUUGCCAAUCCUGACAAACUCAAAGAAAACCAACUGGAUGCUAAAGACACUGAAAUGUCAGAUACACUGAGCCCCAGCCAGAACCGCAGCAGUGACGACACGUCAGAUGGAAACAUGGAUGAUGGUGAACUGAACGAGCCACAGAACAGGGUCACCCUGCUCAAAGAUGAGCUGCGGAUGGCCAACCUGGAGCCUGGGGACAGAGAGCAGGUGAUUCACCACCUCCACAGAGAGCUGCUGGAGGCCCAGGAGUUGGCCAACACAGGCAAGCAGAAGUGUCUGCAGCUCCAGGCCUUACUGGAAGAGGAGAGGAGGAGUAACAGGCAGCAGACUGAGGAGUCAGCCAAGCAGAUCCAGUACCUACAGAGUCAGUUGGGGAAGCUAGCGGUAGACAUGGAGGAGCUGAAGGAGCAGAGAGAGAGCAGCAUCAGCAGCACACAGGAGGAGCUGUACUCUGCUCAGGAGGAGGUGCUAGUUCUCCACCACGCCAUGGAGGCCAACACGGCCGAGAGGGAGCGAGACAUCGCCGCCCUGCAGAGGGACCUGGGAGGUGUCACGGCCGAGCUGGAGAAGUGGCGUCAGUCUGCGUCGAAAUACGAACAGGAGAUCAACUCCCUGCAGGCCACCAUCCAACAGCAGAGCCAGCACCAGCACCAGCAGAGAACUAAUGAUUUACAAGGGGAGUUUGAGCGUCUUCAGAAGGACUGUCCCAGUCUGCAGCAGGAGUGUGAGUGUCUCCGUUCUGAGAAGACGACCCUGGUGAACAGACUACACGGACUGGAGACAGACCUGGACAGUUCCAGGAAGCAGACUGCCAGUCUGAGCAGCAAUCUGCAGAGUUUGGAGAAGUCCCAGGGAGAGAUGCAGAGUAGACUGGGCUCACUGCAGGACCAACACCUCCAGGACGCUAACAAGCUGGAGUCACAGUUAACCCAGGCUGCUAGCAGGACACAGAGCCUGCAGAGAGAGUAUGAGGACACUCAGAACUUGCUGUGUGAUCUGAGGAAGUGUUGUGAGAGGACUGAGCAGGAGAAACGCUCCAUCAACGAGGAGCUGGAACAGUGUAAAGUUAACCUCAAACUGCUGCAGGACAAGGGCAAGAAUCCACCCAUAUUGCAGCCUGUCCAGGCCAUUUUCAUCGGCCUUAUCCCGGCCUUGCUGUAUUGGUGGCUCAGCCAGUUGUGGUAGAAAGGCCGGUUGGAGCCCCUGGAUGCCAGUUGUAGCAGUGAUGGUAGCAGUGACUGCUGCGGUGCUUUAUCCCAACUUCUCCAAGAGCACCUCCACCUGAGACCUUACCUACUACAUGUCCUCUACCCCGUCUUCUUCUGGCAUCUCUACCUCUGCCCACACCAAUCCCCGGCCCAUUUUUGAUUGAUUUAUUAAUCCAUUAAUUAAUCUAUUGAUUAAUUUAUUACCUCUGGUCGGUUCCCCUACAGAAAGUCCCUCUGCUUUAAACUGUACAAAGUAUAACUGUAUAUAUAUAUAUAGAGAGAGCGAUCAAGAGAAGUAGUAUUUCUACCGUAGAAAUAGUCCUAUAUCUACGGUAGAAAUGGUCCUAUAUCUACGGUAGAAAUAGUCCUAUAUCUACGGUAGAAAUAGUCCUAUAUACGGUAGAAAUGGUCCUAUAUCUACGGUAGAAAUAGUCCUAUAUCUACGGUAGAAAUAGUCCUAUAUCUACGGUAGAAAUAGUCCUAUAUCUACGGUAGAAAUGGUCCUAUAUCUACGGUAGAAAUAGUCCUAUAUCUACGGUAGAAAUAGUCCUAUAUCUACGGUAGAAAUGGUCCUAUAUCUACGGUAGAAAUAGUCCUAUAUCUACGGUAGAAAUAGUCCUAUAUCUACGGUAGAAAUGGUCCUAUAUCUACGGUAGAAAUAGUCCUAUAUCUACGGUAGAAAUAGUCCUAUAUCUACGGUAGAAAUAGUCCUAUAUCUACGGUAGAAAUAGUCCUAUAUCUACGGUAGAAAUAGUCCUAUAUCUACGGUAGAAAUAGUCCUAUAUCUAUGGUAGAAAUGGUCCUAUAUCUACGGUAGAAAUAGUCCUAUAUCUACGGUAGAAAUAGUCCUAUAUCUACGGUAGAAAUGGUCCUAUAUCUACGGUAGAAAUAGUCCUAUAUCUACGGUAGAAAUAGUCCUAUAUCUACGGUAGAAAUAGUCCUAUAUCUACGGUAGAAAUAGUCCUAUAUCUACGGUAGAAAUGGUCCUAUAUCUACGGUAGAAAUGGUCCUAUAUCUACGGUAGAAAUAGUCCUAUAUCUACGGUAGAAAUAGUCCUAUAUCUACGGUAGAAAUGGUCCUAUAUCUACGGUAGAAAUAGUCCUAUAUCUACGGUAGAAAUAGUCCUAUAUCUACGGUAGAAAUAGUCCUAUAUCUACGGUAGAAAUAGUCCUAUAUCUACGGUAGAAAUAGUCCUAUAUCUACGGUAGAAAUUGUCCUAUAUCUACGGUAGAAAUGGUCCUAUAUCUACGGUAGAAAUGGUCCUAUAUCUACGGUAGAAAUAGUCCUAUAUCUACGGUAGAAAUAGUCCUAUAUCUACGGUAGAAAUAGUCCUAUAUCUACGGUAGAAAUAGUCCUAUAUCUACGGUAGAAAUAGUCCUAUAUCUACGGUAGAAAUAGUCCUAUAUCUACGGUAGAAAUAGUCCUAUAUCUAUGGUAGAAAUGGUCCUAUAUCUACGGUAGAAAUAGUCCUAUAUCUACGGUAGAAAUAGUCCUAUAUCUACGGUAGAAAUGGUCCUAUAUCUACGGUAGAAAUAGUCCUAUAUCUACGGUAGAAAUAGUCCUAUAU